UUUUGACCACAUUCGAACAUGCUGUCUACAUAGACAGCUCGCUAUGAUUUGAGACGGCGCCGCUGUUUAUAGGGUCAUCGUGUGCUGUGAGCUCAUGCAGUUCACGCGGUGAUCCACUCCAGCCACAUCCUGCGCACAGCGAUCCUUCCUCCCUCUCUCUCCAUCAUCAUCAUCAUCGAUAUAGAUGAUUAAACACCCUCCUCUGUAUGUUUGCUGUUGUAACAUCCUGCGUGCGGCGUCAGAACUAGAUUUUCAGUUGCCGAUCGUGCAAUAAAGACCUUGUAGUGAACGGGAUUACGAGGACAUCGGAAGGACGUUUUUUAACGUUGUAUUCCAGUUGUUUUGAGUGGAUUUGGUUUCAUCGGAGCGCUUCUGAACCGCAUUAACGGAGUUAGAAGCUUUAAGACGCCACCAGACAAAGCGACAUUUCUGGGCAUGAUGUCCACAUGCCUCUGUGUCCUGGAGCGCAUCCUGUUGUGUUGAGGAUAGACAUCUGCAAUGAAGGAGUUAUCCAAACAAACAUGUAAACCAAACACGGGGAUCUUAUUUCGUUUCCGUCGUUUCGGAUGCAAAUAUUAGCAUUUUUAGUACAAUGCAAUUAAAACAUUGAAGAUUGCAGUAAACAUGGAGAUAAGAAAAUGGUUCCUUGGUUACAGUUCCACGCUUUUCUUUGGGUUGUGUAAUGCCUCCUCCAUCAGAUCAGAGAUGUUUCCUCAACAUCCAACCGCCUCGUUAGUUUCUUGAGAACAUUUGAAUUCUGAUCCACUUGUGUUGCUUUAAAGUUUAGUUUUAUUGCUGCCAGGUAAAUGACAGGCAACAUGCACCUCGGGGUAGAGGAGCCCAUCCGAGAGUGCCAGUACAAUCAGAUUUGCACACAUAACUCCUCACCCAUGGACACUCCACACACCAAGAAGAAGAAGAUCAAAAGGAAAUGGCAGGUCUUUCCUGGCCGAAAUAAGUUUUACUGCAACGGCCGGAUCAUGAUGGCAAAGCAGACUGGGGUCUUCUAUCUUACCAUGGUUCUCAUUUUGGUGACCAGUGGCCUCUUCUUUGCCUUUGACUGCCCAUUCCUGGCAUCGAACCUGACCCCUGCCAUUCCGGCCAUCGGAGGAGUGCUGUUCGUCUUUGUGAUGGGAAUGCUGCUCCGAGCGAGCUUCAGCGACCCGGGCGUCCUGCCCAGGGCCACACCAGAGGAAGCAGCCGACAUUGAGAGGCAGAUAGAUGCAACCAAUGGCCCGAGCGGCCCAGGCUACAGACCACCACCCCGAACCAGAGAGGUGGUCAUUAACGGUCAAACAGUCAAGCUAAAAUACUGUUUUACCUGCAAGAUCUUCCGACCGCCGCGGGCCUCGCACUGCAGUCUGUGUGACAACUGCGUGGAGAGAUUCGAUCAUCACUGCCCGUGGGUGGGCAACUGCGUAGGGAGGAGAAACUAUCGCUUCUUCUACCUGUUCAUCCUCUCACUCUCCUUCCUUACCAUCUUCAUCUUCGCCUUCGUCAUCACGCACGUAAUACUGAGAUCCAACAGGACUGGCUUUCUUAGUGCUCUCAAAGACAGCCCUGCUAGUGUUCUGGAAGUGGUGGUGUGCUUUUUCUCCGUCUGGUCCAUCGUGGGACUGUCAGGAUUCCAUACCUACCUGAUCAGCUCCAAUCAGACCACCAAUGAAGACAUCAAAGGUUCAUGGUCAUCCAAACGAGGCAAAGGCAACUACAAUCCCUACAGCUACGGAAACUUCAUCACCAACUGCUGCGCUGCACUGUGUGGACCUCUACCGCCGAGCUUGAUUGACAGGAGAGGUUUUGUCCAACCAGACACCCCGCAGCCUGUGGCCCAGACAAACGGCACCAGCGCCUGCCCCUCCAAUCAAGUCCAGAGUCACAUGUGUGCUCAAGACCAGUGCAUUCAGAGCACCAAAUUCGUUUUGCAGGCUGCCACCAACCCGCUGCUCCACAGUCAGCCCGUCAUUCUGGGCGGAGGCGCGCCCCUCCAGGCCAAGACCUCUCUGGGUGGGCCGUGCUCCACUCUGGGCCCCUCUCAGCCCUCGCUGCCUUCUUCUAUCCCAGGCCUCAGCUGUGGAGGAGAGCUCAUGGCCCUGCGAGACUCUGAGAUCCACUGUCACCAUCAUCUACACCAUCAACAUUUCAUCAGUCCGGAGGAGACGCCCUCCCCGCCCGCAGCUCUGCCCUGCGCCACCCACCUGGGUCACCACAUUCACCCAGCACAGCUCUUUGACCCUGCCAGCCAGGACUCGCUCCAUGAAGACUCUGUGCGGGGCUUGGUGAAGCUGAGUUCAGUGUGAGCUGCUUUUUAAUGCCGUCCUGCUGAACUGGACCACAAGCCAUACGGUACUUUACACACAUAUAACAGCCUCUACUGGACGUUUCUGACAUAUAAUGGAGGCAGCCACCCCGAACAAGUUCCUGAGUACCGAGUGAGGACCAAAGCUAGUCUUCCAGCUCUAUUAUUACUCAAUCAAGCUGUUUUUAUGGAAGCUUAUUUCCACCACAGAAUAAAAAUGAAAAGACAACUGUGACCUUUUAAUCUCACACAAUUCUAAAACAAUUUUUUUUUCUUGCAACAGUGAUUUUAUAUCUCAACAAUUUGAACUUUUUCCCCUCAGAAUUACAAGUAUAUUUUGCAAUUUUUCCUCAGAAUUCUGCAUGUGCAUGUGGUCAGGUCAGGUGUCUAAAAAUGUCUGACCAAAAAGAAUUGCAAGAUGUAAACCUAGAAUUCUGAGAAAAAAAAUGUGAAAAUUGUAAUAUGUAAACUGAGAAUUCUGAGAGAAAAAAAAUCUGAAUUGUGAGAAACAAACUCACAAACUGCAAGUUUGUAAUUCAAAAUUCUAAGAAAAAAAGUCAGAAUUGUGAGAUAUAAACUCACAAUUCUAAGAAAAAAAGGUCAGAAUUUGUGAGACAAACUCGCAAUUCUAAAAAAAACAAAUUUAAAAUUGUAAUUUAAGAUGUAAACUCACAAUUGGAAGUUUAUAACUCACAAUUCUAAAAAAAAAAAAAAAAAAGAAUUGUGGGAUAUAAUCUUGCAAUUCUAAAAUAAAAUUUGAAGAAAAAAUGCAAUUCUAAGAAAAAUGUUGUGAAUUGUGAGAUACAAACUUUAAAUUGUGAAACAUUAAAAAAAAUCAGAUUUGUAAGAUUUAAACUCUUUAAAUAAUUACAAGUUUAUAACUCAGAAUUCUAAGAAAAAAGAAUUGUGGGAUAUAGUCUUGCAAUUCUAAAAAAAAGGGUCAGAAUUCUGAGGAAAAAAUGUGCAAUUCUGAGAACAGACAUAAUUGUAAGAUACAAACUUAGAAUUUGGGGAGAAAAAAACUCAACUGUUAGAUAUGAUCUUGCAGUUUUACGAAAGUCAGAAUUGUAAGAUGUAAACAAGCAAUUCUAGGAAAAAGGUCAGAAUUGGGAGACAAACUCCCAGUUCAAAAAAAAAAUCUGAUUUGUAAGAUGUAAACUCACAAUUGCAAGUUUAUAACUCACAAUUCUAGGGGACAAAAAAGAAUUGUGGGAUAUAAGCUUGAAAUUCAAAAAAAAAAAUAAAAAAAAAAUUUGAGAAAAGAAUUAUGAGAAUAAAAUGUGCAAUUCUGAGAAAAAGAAUUGUGAGAUACAAACAGAAUUUGAAGAAAAAAAGUCAGAAUUAUGAGAUAUAAUCUUGCAAUUCUACAGAAGUCAGAAUUGUGAUAUACAAAGUCGCUAUUAUUAUUUUUAAUUCACAGUUCUAUGAAAAAGUCAGAAUUGUGCGCUACAAACAAAAAGAAUUGAGAUAUCACUCGCAAUUCUAAAACAGUCAGAAUUGUGACAUGUAAACAACUGCAAGUUUUUAUAAUUAACAAUUAUUCUUUAAAAGAAAAAAGUCAGAAUUGUGAGCUAAAAACUCCAAAUUUUUGAAAAAAAAGGUCAGAAUUUUGAUCUACAACUCAGAAUUCUAAGAAAUAAAUGUCAGAAUUGAGAUAUUAACUAGCAAUUAUAAAAUAGUCAGAACUGUGAGAUCUAAACUCAUAACUGCAAGUUUAUAAUUCACAAUUUUAAGAAAAAAAAAAAUAAAAUCAUGAUCUAAGAACUCAGAAUUCUGAGAAAAAAGGCUGGAAUUGUAAGAUUUUAAGUUGCAAUUCUAAAGAAGCCAUAAUUGUGAGAUGUAAACAUGCAAUUCUAAGAAAAAAGUCAGAAUUGUGAAACACAAACUUGCAUUUGUGAAAAAGUAGUCAGAAUUGUGAGAUAAAGAGUCAAUAUAUAUAUAUAUAUAUAUUAUUUAUUUUUAUUCUAAGGCAGAAAUAAGCUUCCAUAGUUUUUCAAUAGCAGCCUCUCUAAAAGCAGCUCUAUAGAGCACAACAGUGGCCACAACGCCACUAGUACUUUCCCCUUUCAUUUCUCCAUAAAGAUUACAAAAGAUUCUCCAACAAAGAAAUCAAAGCCUUAAACCAAACCAACCAGCUCUAGCUUUGAUAUGAAUCACUACAAAAUCAUUUAAAGAAAGAACAUUUGAAAUCUGGAAAAUUACAAGACAGAUUUUCUGAGGGCAUGAACUACUCAUCCCAUGAAGCGUUGUG